AAGCGGGAGCUAAUCAGAACGCAAGUUACAAAAACACCCAGGCCAGCCUCUCCGGCGUUAAAGUCGAGCCGCCCUUAGCCCAUCUUUCUUUUUGCUGCAGGACCUUUUAGGAGAGAGGACAUCAGGAGCUGCUACCCAAACACCGCCAUCAUGACAGACUUAGAGAAAAGGGAGAAGAAGAAGCCCAAGUCAAAGGCGGUCUGCGGAUACCCCAUCAGCAUAUUCUUCAUUGUGGUGAACGAGUUCUGCGAGAGGUUCUCCUACUAUGGCAUGCGAGCCGUGCUGGUGCUGUACUUCAGGUACUUCCUCCGCUGGGACGACGACACGGCCACCUCCAUCUACCACACCUUCGUGGCCCUGUGCUACCUGACGCCCAUCAUGGGGGCCAUCGUGGCCGACUCCUGGCUGGGGAAGUUCAAGACCAUCGUCUACCUGUCCAUCGUGUACACCAUCGGCCAGGCCGUGCUGGCCAUCAGCGCCAUCCAUGACAUCACGGACGAGGAUAAAGAUGGAACUCCAAACAACCUGACCUUCCAUGUGGCCCUCUCAAUGACUGGCCUCAUCCUCAUUGCUCUGGGGACAGGCGGGAUCAAGCCCUGCGUGGCGGCUUUUGGAGGGGACCAGUUUUCUGAUGAGCAGGAGAAACAGAGGAGCACCUUCUUCUCCAUCUUCUACCUGUCCAUCAAUGCUGGAAGUCUCCUGUCCACCGUCAUCACCCCAAUCCUCAGAGCCCAGGAGUGUGGCAUCCACACACACCAGAAGUGCUACCCGCUGGCUUUCGGUGUGCCCGCCGCCCUCAUGGUGGUCGCCCUGGUGGUAUUCAUUGUCGGGAGCAAAAUGUACAUCAAGGCCGCCCCCAAGGGCAACAUUAUGCUGGAAGUGAGCAAAUGCAUUGGGUUUGCAGUGAAGAACCGUUUCAGACACAGGAGCGAUGAGUACCCCAAGAGGGAGCACUGGAUGGACUGGGCUGAGGAGAAAUACGAAAAACUGCUCAUCGCUCAGGUGAAGAUGGUGCUGAGGGUCCUGUUCCUCUACAUCCCCCUGCCUAUGUUCUGGGCACUCUUUGACCAGCAGGGCUCUCGAUGGACACUGCAGGCCACCACCAUGGAUGGAAACUUUGGAGUGCUCAUUAUUCAACCAGACCAGAUGCAAACGGUCAACCCUAUCCUGAUCCUGGUGCUGGUGCCCAUCAUGGACAGCGCGGUGUACCCGUUGAUAAAGAAGUGUGGCCUCAAUUUCACGCCACUGAGGAGAAUGACAGUUGGAAUGCUGCUGGCAGGCCUGGCGUUUGUGGUUGCAGCCCUGGUACAGAUUGAGAUCGACAAAACCCUACCCAUCUUCCCAUCGUCCAGUGAGAGCCAGCUCAAAUUCCUGAACCUGGGUAGCAGCCAGCUGGAGAUAACUGGUGCCACCAAUGCCCCACUGACAGUUCCACCGUUUCAGGCCAAUCCAGAGUAUUUGUCGUUUUCAGAGAGUGAAAUUCAGGUCUCUGCCGGAGUAGGCUUCAACAAAACAAUCACGUUGGAGAAAGGAAAACGGCAGACGCUGUUAAUCAAUCCAGCAACUAAAACAAUGGAGGCGAUGAAUGAUUUAAUGGCCAAGCCGGAGCAGGGAGACAAUGGCAUCAGAUUUGUUAAUGGAUUGGACACUAUGGUGAACGUGACUACCGCAGCAGUGGACUUUGGAGUGAUAGCACCCUCUUCAGUUUCAAACUACUCUCUGUUACACGAGGGAAAGUCGACCUUCACUCUUACCAGUGAGGGGGGACAGACGUGCCAGUUCUCGAAGACUUACAAAUUCGGCAGCUCCUACACGCUAGUCAUUCCCAGUGACAUCCAGUGGACAGAAAAUUGUGGCGACACCAUUAAAGAGAGCCUGGACAUCAAGCCCAACACUAUCCACAUGGCCUGGCAGAUCCCUCAGUACUUCCUCAUAACCGCUGGAGAGGUGGUCUUCUCUGUCACUGGUCUGGAGUUCUCUUACUCACAGGCGCCAAGCAACAUGAAGGCAGUGCUCCAGGCUGGAUGGCUCUUCACUGUCGCUGUGGGCAACAUCGUUGUGCUGAUUGUGGCAGAAGCAGCGCAGAUACCAGAACAGUGGGCAGAGUACAUCCUCUUCGCUGCCCUCCUGAUAGCAGUGUGCGUGAUUUUCGCCGUGAUGGCUUACUUCUACACCUAUGUGGACCCCACUGAGAUCGAGGCCCAGUUCCAGAAGGACGACUCUGAGACAGAGAAAGAGAAGGAGAAAGAGAAACAUGAGAUGGACAGCAUAUCUCCGGAAAAGAAGGAGCACGACGAAGACAUGAAACAGACCAAGAUAUAAACACCCUCAUAGGCUUCUUUUCGGCUGGGUUUCGGCGCUUUGUGUUUGGGGCUUCAGCAUGAGCUUGAGGAGCAUGAGGGCAAGGCCUGCUGGAGGCAAGGAGGAAACAACACCACAGCGGCGUUUCGAUCAUUAACUCUGACACUGAGAUGCUUCCAAAUUCAGAUUUAGCAGGCUUCGCCCUGGGGAGAUGAGCGGGGGGAGAGGGAACGGCUGAGUAAAGGCAUGCAGCACAACUUUCUACACAAACAGUGAAUUUCCUCUGAUUUAUGGGAGAGAGCUAAACAGUUUUAAUUUUUUUUUUUUUUAAACAAGAUAAACAUGUCAUGGAAAAUGUGUCAGAUUUCAGCCAUAUGGUUUAAUUUCCUUAAUAUUGUAAAUAAUUUGUUUACAAUGAUUAUUUUGCACCGUGUAGCAAAGGGGAUAUUUCUAUUGCCUUUUUUGCCCUAUAUAUAUUAUUCGAAGGGAUUAUGAAAGAGGAAAAAUUACAAGUGACCAUUCCAGCAUUUGCACGUAUUGUUUUUUAUGUACUGUGUAACUUGUAUUUUUGACAUUAUUGUACAUGUGUUUUUUUAAUGAUGUGGACAGUGGUUCCUGUAAGAACAGACACUAUUGCUCUCAGUCAUGUUGAACAGUAAAACUGGAUGUCAGACAUGUUCCUGUCAAUCAAUAAGAGCUUAAAUAAAGAAUAAUAAAACAACAUUUGUCCAA